AAUGUUUGUCCAUUUUUUUCUACUGAGUUAAUUUUAUGGGCUAGUUAGGGUGGGCGAUCGGCUGCUUAUUAUUCAUUUCACGUUUACCUUUGAGAUAGACUACUAGUAAGUGCUGGGGUUCCUGUGUCUCCUAGCUCAAACAUCGCCAAAGGUCCUGGCCUCCAGGUGAUAAGGCUGCUACAAGGCGGGAUCCUACAAAGAUGUUACUAAAUCCUCACUGCUUUGUUGCCUUGAUAUCAAUAACAUGUAUUUUAACUUGCUUUGCUGUUACACCACAAAUGAUGCUACAAUCACGGAAGAAGAUCGAGGAUUUUCAUCGUAACCGUCUCGCACAAGCUGUCAAGAACGCGAAAAACAUUUCUCGUGAAUGUACUGAAGCUCUGGUGUACUUGGAAACCUCCAACAACACUGAUUUGCUCAAAACAUAUGUUGAUGCAAUGGGUAAACCAGGCAGUGGUAUUAGGUAUGGUAAUUUAGAUUGGCUUGGUUCAUACAGUGAAUGCAAGGCAAUACCUGGUGCAACAUAUUGCUUGGCUGGAAUUGGUGCAAAACCAAAGAAUGGCAGCAAAACUCCUGUAAACAAUCCACUUGCCUCUGCUACCUUUAAAUGGGGAUUAUGCGUACCCAAACAAUGCAGUGAGACUGACAUUGCUGUUGGUUUACAAGAUAUCAUCAAAGCUUUCGGACUGGAAUCUGUCAUACAAUUAGUUGAUGAUCUGGGUCUUAAAAGUACAGCAUCUAUUGCAAAAGCUGUCAACUGUGCAAAGCCAUCAAAGUACACUGGCGGAGUUAUCGCUACUCUUACUCUAUGUGGUGUCCUGCUAUUUCUGUGUCUCUGUGGUACAAUCAUUGAGAUAGCAUCCAGUGUAUCUCAACUCUCUAUCAAGAAGUCUAAUGGUUUUGUGCCAAUAACCAAUGAAUCUCCACAAGAAGAACAAGACUCUAUUACAGUCAAAGGAACAGACAAGUUUGAUACAUUAACUCCAAGUUAUUCUGAACAUGCCAGAGAGACACCAGUUGUAUAUCAACAUAGGCAACCUAAUUCCGUAAAGGAGUUCUUCUUGUCUUUCUCACUAAUACGAAAUACAACCCAGAUCAUGAAUACCAAUGUUCCACCUAAUGCCAUAACGUCCAUCAAUGGAAUGAGGGUCCUCAGUAUAUUGUGGGUUGUACUUGGACAUGUAUUUGCCUUCUUAGCUACAAAUGGACUGGUUUCUAAUUUAGGAAUCCUACGAAAUAUCUUACAAAGAUUCACAUUUCAAGUAAUUCUCAGUGGUGUAUUUGCUGUUGACACAUUCUUCUUUCUAAGUGGACUCCUUGUUGCUUAUUUGUCAUUUCGUCAAGUGGAUAAAACAAAAGGAAGCUUGAAUCUGUUCAAAUUUUAUUUCCAUCGGUUUUGGAGGUUGACACCUGUGUACAUGUUUGUACUUCUGUUUUACGAUCAGCUAACUCAGUUUUUAGGUGAAGGACCAUUUUGGUAUGAAAUACAAUCCAAGCAGCCAUGUGAUGAAUAUUGGUGGACAAACUUGUUGUAUAUCAACAACUUCUAUCCAAAGGCAGAAUGCAUGGCUUGGGCUUGGUACUUGGCAAAUGAUAUGCAAUUCUUUGUCAUCAGUCCUUUUAUCAUCUUUGCAGCUUACAGGUUUGGUAAGCGUGGCCUUGGUUUAUCUGUGGGUUUGCUUCUCAUGGCAGGUUUCAUUUCUACGGCUGUCAUUUUGGAUUAUUACAAGCUUGGUUCUACAAUACUUGACAUGAAUGCUGGGGUUGGGAAUGCAAAUUUCUUUCAGUAUGUAUAUGUCAAACCCUACUGUCGUAUUGCCCCAUAUCUUGUUGGUAUGGCACUUGGCUACCUUCUUCAUGUGAUUAAGGAUGGUCCACCCAGAACACAUUCAUGGUUGUUUAUUCUUUGUGGAUGGUGUGCAGCCAUUAUACUGGCAUUAUCUCCAGUUUUUGGUACUUACAAAGCUUUCAAGAAAAACCCACAGCCCUUUACACGCACAGAAAAUGUUUUCUAUGGAACAUUUUCUAGAUUUUCAUGGUCGCUGGCUCUUGCUUGGGUGAUCUAUGCCUGCCAUACUGGAUAUGGAGGUCUGGUUGAUAAAAUCCUGUCAGCUCGUUUCUGGAUUCCUCUAAGUCGUCUUACUUACUGUGUGUACUUGGUUCAUCUUGUUGUCCUGACAGUAUACUUAUCCAGCUACCAAACAGUAUUGUUUUAUUCUGAUGUCAAUGCGUCCUGGCAUUUUAUGGCAUGUACCACAAUCUCUUAUUUUGUGGCAUACAUCGUGUCUGUCUCAUGUGAAGUUCCUAUGAUGCAUUUGGAGAAACUAGUCUUUAAAACUGAUCGUAAAUGACAAUAAACAAGGAAUGGAUGAUAAAUCCUCACAAGCUCAGAUAUAUUUUAAUAAUAAAUAAAUGAUUUUUGAGCAAUAAUUAUUAACAAUUAUUAAGUGAUUUUUUAUAAAAUGUAAUGCAGGAAUAUAAUAUUAUCCUUCUUGGUUCCUUGAGCCAUCCUGAAAGGUGCAGCUCUGUCUUUGCAUCAAAGUGGGCAAUCACCACCUCACUUUGAUGCAGGGCAACCUUUCAAGGUGGAGCAUGAAAUGAUGUGGAGGAGCCUAUUAUUAGACUUAUGUAUCAAAAGGUCUGAAAAAUAAUUUACUCUCCUUGGCUUGACAAUAGCCUAAUUCUAUACACUUGUUAAUGUUUAAUAUAUAUAUAAUAUUUCUUAGAAUAGUAAGACAUUAGUUUGAUUUGUCUUUUUGAAUUUUUGCAAUUUUAGUAAAACAUUUAAAAAUUGAAAUGAUAGAGACGAAUAUAAUAUUUUCUUUAGUUUGAUCUGCAAUGCAUAUCAUUCUAAUAAGAUAAUACAUUAAUUGUACUUUCAAUGGGUUUUCCAUUAUAGACCCAAGAGUUGAAUGCAAUUAGAAUGAUCAACCUCCAGGCUUCACCCAGUGUCACUAUAGUGAUUUCUCAUAAGAAUAGUAUCUCGCACUAAUAUGACUGUGUUUUUACAUGUUAUCAAAUAUUAUUUAGAAUUAAAAGCGUAAUUUUUAAAUU